AUGCCUCAAUUUAGCAAGUUCAAUAUUCGCUCCAAGGACUACGAGGCGCUGCCUACGGCAGACUCAGAAAAGGACCAGCAUGGAAGCCGAUCUAGCGAAGAGUCCGACGUCCCAUUGAUGGAAGGAGAGUUGAAUGGAGCUAAGAAGAUAUCUCGAGUUCAACGAGCUUUCACGACAUUCAAAGAGGCAAUGAAGAGCCCGAUGUUCAUUAUCAGCUUCUUGCUUUUUCAAAUUGGUGUCAGCAGUCUGUUUCUUGCUUGGCAGCACUCUCACCGCUUCAACGCGAGACUGAAAGAUAUCUCGAUGCAUUCACCGGUGCUGGACAAAAUCGAGAUUCCCUUGGUAUUGCGUAAAAGCUACGCACAGUACGGGAUGGGCGGCCCAGAGAUCUGGCGCGCAGAACCUAGCGAAGAGGUUGACAAGGCAUGGGAACGUGAUCCUGGUGUUUACUUGUUCCGUUGGAUGGAAGAGUUCAACCGCCCGAUUGCAGACACUAAUAUUUGGCGGAAGUGUUGGGACUUCGAGAGUGUGCUUCAAGAGCACAAUGAACUUGCUGUCAAGGAUAUGAUGGAGACUGAUGUGAGGAAGCCAAACGGGGUAAAAACGGUACCGGCUCCGGAAGGCGUGAUGAAAAUUAUUCGGAACUACCAGAAGACUCACCCUGAUUAUAACCCCGGACAAUAG